GAACGCGAGGGCGCGCAGGCGAGGCCGCUCCGACUCUUCCUGUUAACGUAAAAGCUCGCCGUGCAUUACAGAAAUGAACCUCGCUGGGAAGUGCACCCAGGAAGCGGGGAUAAUGCUCGCACAGUCGCUCGUGAGGCGAAGGCCUGUCUCCCGCUUCCCGAGGCACCUCUUCCCCGCGGCCUGCUCGAGCCCCGCGGGGCUGCAGCCGCCCGUGUGCACGCUGGGGCCGCGCUCCCGCGCCCCUCCGUCCGCCCUCCCCGUUUGUCGCCGCCGGCUACCGCGAGUGGGAGGCUUGGUGAUCCUGGUGCGGCUCGGCCGCGCACCCGCCCCGCGCCCCUCUCGCCGGCCUUCUUGCCCCGGGGGCUCGGAGCGGGCUUCCCUCCUCGGUGCAGGCCCCGCUUCGCUUUCCUGCGCGGCUGCCGCUCCUCCUGGGGCGCGCCUCCCCUGCCCUUGCCGUCCGCCUGAGCUUCUGAUGCUCGGAGCCUUCCCGGUCCCACCAAGCGGCCUUCAGCCCCAGGGCCUCUGUCGGGCGCAGACGCUGCUGCCGCUGCUGCGUUUGCUGAGGAUUUUUACGUGCCGGCGACUCCUGCGGGCCUUUUCUAUUUACAAUAAUCUGAGUGUGUGUUUUCCGCAAGACACUACGAGAGGCUCAAGUUUUGUUUACGCUAAUUUUUCAGGGUUCAGUAAUGUACCGAGGCAUAGUUCGUGCUUCAGAACUGUCCGUUGAGUGAAAACCCAAAGGUGUUGUUUUUCACUCUGUUGGGGGCUAAGCAUUUUCUGACGAUUGCAAGAGUUCCUGUGAGUUUCUGUAAGGGUUUCUGAAAGCAUUUGGAGAUGACAAAAAGGAUCUUGUCAUGGCAUGACGUUAAGGGAGUUCCGGGCUAAAAAAUUGAGAGCAGGUGAAACAUUUUCCCUUCACUCUGAAGAGUUUCAAGGGUUACUAGACGUUUCUGUACCCGCUGCUGGAAUUAACAAUGUGCAAGGAAGGGGGAUUAUGUGGACUCAGCUUUCUUCUCGCGCUGCUUUGGACUCAGAAGGAUGAAACAUCUGCAGACACCUGCUUUGCUCUCUGUCUGCAGGAGGAACAGGCUGACCUAAACGCUACCAGGGCAGCUCUGGGGUGUGAAGGAAUGUUCUUUUUGUGAGAGAAUGACAAAGAAUAAAAGAAAAAAUGUUGGUAGUUAAGUGAUGCAUUGAUGGAUGUGUAGUCAGACUCUUCAAUUUCCAGAUUAAGACACAAAUGGUAUUGGAAGUUCAAAAAUCAUGCCUGCCCCUGUUGAGUGUCCUACAUACGCAGAAACGUGCUGCUGAGAACUAAAGUGGUGUGCUCUAUUUCAGAAUCAGGAGAAAGAAGUUCUUAGUGUAAAACUGGGUAGUACCAUUCCAAUGGCUUCCAAACAAACCCCAGGAAGCUUGGCUCUAAAUUCCGGAAGACAGGAAACUGCAUACCAGCUGGGACGCAUUUCUGUCUUGAAGCCGAAUGAGCCACAGUAGGGCUGUGAAAGGAAGCCUCUCUGUCAGUGCCAGGAUGAUAGUGGUGGAAGGGCGUCGCUCCUCGUGGACAAGCAGCGAAUGACACCAGUGGUGCUGUGAGCACUCAGCGGUCACGGUGGAGGAAGUGAAAUGUCUUUAACCUGGGAUGAGUGGAGCUUUGGGUGGCUUGGAGUUCUAGUUAUUCAGUGUACAAGGAAGCUUAAGAAGGCAAAGGAAAUAUAGCACAGCACAAAUACCCAAAACCUUGUCUCUAGGUGUGCUCAGACACGGUUCACACUGGCUGUCUGGUGUGUAUGUCCACCGGAGGAGAGUGUGGCACGGGCGUCUCUUUAUCGCUGUUGCUGUGGUUUGCCGCGCUUUGUCGUGUGUGUAUCUGUCUCUGUUGCCAGACUCUGAACUAUCUGGAGAGAAGAGCAUGUGCUGCACGUUUUUGUACCAUCAGGACCUGACGAGAACCUGGACUGCUGGUUUAUCAGUGUGUCCUGGUGAGUGAAUCGGUUUAGGAAUGAGUAAGUGGAUGAAUGGGUCGGAAGGUGCCUUCGUCCGCCCUCUACCACCAAAGCCUGAACCCACAUGCUACUUUUUAAACAGCAAUUCAGUAAUCUCUGAGGGAGUUUAAUACUAACAUAAUCCUCUGUUUUAGAGGUGCAAGAUUUAAAAUAUUUGCUUAUCUAAGCAGGUAGGUCUGGGGAGAACCUAUUUAUGGCCCUUUCAGUGAGAUCUGUUGGAGACUUCCUUACGACCCCCAAACGCACGUGGUAGGCCCUGUAGACGUAAAGAGCUUAGGUAUUUAUCACACAGCUCUAAUUCAACUCUUUCAUCAAACAGUGCACGUGCUUUUCAGGCUCUGAGGAUAGGUGAGCCUGCGGAGUAUGACAGUAAGCGUGCUCAGCGACCACACAGCAGCUUCUUGUACGGAUCAUGGGCAUCAGUAUGGAUUAGGCAAGUUGGGUGCAGAUAAAGCAAGUUACCAGUGUCGUUUCACUUUUUCAUUUCGCUGUAUUUUAAUAGAAGUUCUUGCUCUCUUUCCUCCUCACUGUCAUUGUCAUCAUCAUCAUCAUCAUCAAACACUUGUGAGGAAAUCAAGUUUCAACUGGGCAAACUCCUACUGCAGUCUGUGGGAUUUGCAUCUUGUGGAGAGAGAUGGACAGGUGCUUAGAUGACCCAGAAAGCUCGGGCCACGUUUGUCCCCAGCCUUGGCCCCCAGGCCUGCAGGAGGAAGAGGCAGAGGAAAGGCCUUGUGGACCCAACCUGGGGUCAGGCUCGGCCAGCUCUCGUGAGCUCAGGCUGUCUCACCCAGAGCGCGCUGGCCGCAGGCCCAGCUCCACGUCAGAGAGGAGUCUGCGGGGUUCCCUUUCCUCACCUGACAUGGAACGUCAGCCGUCUGAAUCCCGUUCCUGCAGGGGCAAGGGAAAGCCAGGCAGAAGUGUUCCUGGAAAUGGGAGGAGCCCGGCGCUGCAGGCUGUAUGAGCAGGAGGCCCUCACCGCCUGGAGAAGCCUGUGGAGCCCAUUCACUGUUUAGGGAGUCCGCGGGGCUUCCGGCGUGGGCAGAGCUAACAGCGGCAAGGGAGGAAGCAAAAGCCGCUACCAGCAAAUAACCUCCCCCACACAAAUCUGCCUCAUACAUGACCUUCUCAUAAGCACAGGGAAACUAAGUCAUAUCAAUUAUUUCUGUAAUGCUAUAUUCAUAAUGGUCUUGUUGUUCUUGACUAAGUGGAAUAAAAUAACUGUA